GACUCGCAAGGAAGCACAUGCCAGCCAUGAGAGAAGAUUGAAAUUUUAAUGUCUGGAAAUUUGUUUAGUUGAAAAGAUGAGCGCGAGUCAGCUGAUGAAAGUGUUCGUGACCAGACGCAUCCCACAGGAGGGAAUGAAACUCCUGCAAAAAGCAGCAAUGUGUGACCUGUUGUUGUGGGAUUCAGAUGAGCCUGUUCCUCGUGCAGAGCUGCUAAAGAAGGUAGAAGGAGCUCACGGUCUACUGUGUCUGCUCUCAGAUCGGAUUGACGCAGAGGUGCUUGAUGCAGCUGGACCCAACCUGAAGGUGAUCAGCACCCUGUCUGUAGGAUUCGACCAUCUCGCAAUAGAUGAGAUUAGGAAACGAGGAAUAAGGGUGGGCUACACUCCUGAUGUGUUAACAGAUGCUACAGCUGAGCUGACUGUCGCUUUGUUAUUGGCUACAGCUCGCCGGCUGCCUGAGGGCAUACAGGAGGUCAAAAGUGGCGGUUGGAGCUCCUGGAAGCCCCUAUGGCUUUGUGGAUAUGGUCUCUCUGGAAGUACAGUUGGGGUGAUCGGCUUAGGUCGUAUAGGUUUGGCCAUUGCCCAGAGGUUGAAGGCAUUCGGGAUUAAGCGACUGCUUUACUCAGGACGGCAUCCCAAACCAGAUGCUCAAGAGGUGGACGGAGAAUUUGUGCCCUUAGACACACUGCUAUGUGAGAGUGACUUUGUGGUGGUGUCAUGCUCUUUGACCGCUGACACACAAGGAUUGUGUGAUGAAGCAUUUUUCAAAAAGAUGAAAAAAACAGCGGUAUUUAUUAACACCAGCAGAGGAGCUGUGGUAAAUCAGGAGGACCUGGUUGAAGCCCUCAGUAGUGGUCAGAUUGCUGCAGCGGGACUUGAUGUUACGACACCAGAGCCCCUGCCCACUGACCAUCCACUCCUGCGCCUAAGCAAUUGUGUGGUUCUUCCCCACAUUGGCAGUGCCACCUACUCUACGCGUGGUGUUAUGGCUGAGCUGUCUGCUAGAAAUUUGCUUGCUGGUCUGACGGGAGAUGCAAUGCCCAGUGAACUGAAGCUCUAGUGCCUUCCAGUGGUGUUUGACAGGACAUUCAGUACUCCUGCAUCUCAAGAAUUGUGAUGAACUGUACUGUAGAUUAAACAUAGCUCUACUUGAUAACUGACUAAAUCAGAUAAACGAUUAAUAAAAUUGUCUAGCUGUUGUUGUAAUAUUGUAAAAAAUCUGAGAAUAUCAUGUUUUCAUUUGUAACCAAAUAACUUUUUAUUUAAUUUUCUAGUCAGUGAAUGAUUCUGAUUGCUCGUGACUUCUCUGUGCCCAUAUUAAUAGAGCUAGUUUAGCAGCAAAGUUCAUGCAGCAGUAGUAUUUUUGAGAUGACCAUCCUAACUGAUUUGACUGGAUGGUCAGGUAUAAUAAUAAAAAAAAACAUGUCUGUCUGAAAUUAGAAGCUGCUGAAACUGGGUGACUUUGUUCACAGUCAAGUAAGCUUUAUAUUGUCAUGGGCUUUGUAGACUGCAGUGCAAAAAUUGUCCCUAAUGUUUUGCUUUUUUAUGAGGCAGAUAGCCCUUUUAAUAUUGGCCUCAAGCAGUCAUCAGUUUUAGUCGAUUAUGAUGACACACAAGAAAUCACUUAAAUAUAUCGUAAACAUUGUACAUCACUAGAUUCAAUUUAUUUUUUGACCCAUUAUAUUAAAGAAAAUUAAUAAUAAACAUAUUAAUAAAUUAAUUAUAUUGUUAAAAUGCUUUUAAUAAUUUUACUUUAGUCUAUGAUUGAAUCAUUCACUGACAGAAACAGAAAGAUUGCAGAAAUCAUUUAACUUCCCAUUUUCAGAUACCCUGAAGCAUGACUCUUGUUACAGAGUACAUGCAUGUUGCUGAGUACUGUAAGACAUACAGAGUACACACACAUCUUUGUAAAGUGCAUUUAUGGCUAAUUAUACAUAAUUACCAUAAUAACAAGUGGCAUGUGUAUUAAAACGUGAACUGGUGCUAAAGAAUAAAAACUGACACGGAAACACCUCA